AUGAUUUUGAAGGUGAUUAUCUGCUCUGAGGAAUUCUGUCAUACAACAGACGAAAGCUUAGCAAGUUUUCACCGGAAUCGAGGAGGAUUGCCUGGGAGACAUCUUCAACAAAAAUGUUCCAUUAAUUCCAAUCGAGAGCUGAUUAAGAGGGAUCCAUCGGCGUCUUCUGGUGGGAUCAAAUGUUCAGUUUAUUCAUCAAACAUCUUCACUCGGAACUUCAACGUGAUUGGAUUUUGUCAGCAGACGGAGAUGGCUGCAGUGGACAAUCUUUCGGCGAGCCGAGCGCGGCAGGAAACUGGCCAAGAAUGCAAUUCGCGAUUGGGUUUUAAGGUGAAAAUGGAGGAUGCAGGACUGUAA